AUGUCCUCGAAUUCUCAACUCGCCAGUUUCCCUGCAAAACAGCCCGCGUCCGCUCCGCCAGCCCUUACGACCAACGACACUGCCCAGAGACGCAAUAGCAUUCCUCUCGGCUCAAACAGUGCCGGAGGACCUCGUAAUAUCCCUGACGGAGGCACGCCACGAAACGGCCAGGCAGGCAGGAAGUCCCACAAGAAUCACAGGAAGCCACAUACACCACGAUACGGAAACGACGACCAUAUCGACGAGGACGCAAUGACGCUGCCAUCGGGAGGAAGAAAGGGUACGAGUAUUACGCACUUGAUGAAUUGGAAUGUAGCUUCGCGCCCGCAAUCGCAUCACAAUAACUACCGUCACGGCCACAAUUACCGGAGGACCCCAACCUGGGGAUUGGGUUCGGGAUAUCAUGCGACUGAUAAGGCACGCUUUAUCAAUGCCAACUACCGCUUUCUCGUGCACCCUCGUGGCGAUUACCGCGCGCAGGCCGUUGACUCGGAUGUGCAUCUACCAUGGGAUCUUGUGCUGCAGGUCAUAGCAUCAGAGCAGACACAGCGCACAAACUGCCCAAUCUGUCUUUCUACCCCCGUGGCGCCCCGGAUGGCGAAGUGUGGGCAUAUAUUCUGUCUCCCGUGUCUCAUGCGAUAUAUGGCCUCUACAGAUGACAGCAAGCCGCAGGGACCACCGGAAAAGAAACCGCGGUACAAAAAGUGCGUAAUCUGCACGGAUAGUAUCUACUCUAGCGAAAUUCGGCCGGUUCGAUUUUUUGUAGGGCAGGAGAACCCGGCGCCCAGGGAAGGCGAGGAUGUGGUGUUACGGCUUGUAAUGAGAAGGCAGGGCAGCACAUUGGCGCUUCCGAAAGAGGGCGCAGAAUUGCUGUUGGAGAAGGAGCAUGAGAUACCGUGGCAUUUUUCAGCGGAGGUCAUGGACUAUGCGAGGGUCAUGAAGGGGACGGAGGAGUAUAUGGAAGAGGAGUUUACUAGAGAGAUUGCGGAAUUGGAGAAGAUGGCUAAAGAGGACAAGGUGAUGUUUGGUGAAGAUGGCGAGUGGACUAGAAAAGCUAUCAACAACAUCAAUGUUCAAAAGGAAGGGAUUAAGGGAAUGGGGAAUCCACCCAAGGCCGUAGUAGAGCCUUCAAAAGCCAAGGAGAAGGAGAAACAGCGCCCAGAGAUCAUGUUUAACGAGAGUGACGAGAAUGUGCCGGCAUUCUACCAUGUAGUUCAUGAGGCCUCAUCCGGUCACUCAUCAUCAGCUAAUUCACGGUCUCAAUCAACUACGCCUUCACAGCAGCCCUCGGAGUCCCUGCAAACAGUUAAGCCACCAGUCCCAGUACCAAAACCCCACCUUCCACAAACCCAUGACAUGCCAUACUACUUUUAUCAAGCGCUCCCCCAUUAUUACCUCAGCUCCCUCGAUAUCCGCAUUCUCAAAACGGCCUUUGGCUCAUACCAUGCUCUUCCAACCGCAAUCCUUCCCCGGGUUGAGAACAUUACCACAGGCACAUCCGUCGACGAUGAACUCCGUAAGCGCGCAAAAUACGUAGCGCACCUUCCAGCCGGCUGCGAAGUUGGCUUCCUUGAAUGUGACUGGACGGACAUUGUCCCACCAGAGAUCCUAGACCGCUUCAAGGGCGAGAUUGACCGCCGCCGGAAAAAGAAGCACGACAAGGAGCAGAAGGAGGAGCGCGACCGCAUCCGCGCCGAGAAGGAAGAGGAGGCACUACACCGUCACCGGCGAAGAGGCAGCAUGAGAGGUUUCUCGGAGGAGGACUUUGUAGCGCUAGCCACUCGGGAGUCAUUGAAUGAGCUUCCGCAACCAGUGUUCGCCAACGGCGGCGAGGGGAGCUCAAGUUUACCUCCGCCUCCAUUGCAUGAGGGCGAGUAUGCAAGCCCAGGAACGAGCCCUAGCACCAGUAGAACGGUAUGGGGGACGCCGCUAGUUCUCCCGCAGGGUGCGGAGCAGAACUAUGCAGUCGAGAGAGAGGAGACAGGGUGGUGGCAGGACUGGGAAGACGACGAGACGCUGGCUCGGCUUGCUGAUGCUGGCGGCGGCGGCGGGAAGGCGCCGAGUCAUGGAAAGGGAGGCAAGAAGAAGAAGUUCAAGAAGGUUACGCUCAUGACCAAUGGCGGGAAGAGGGGGGCUUAG